AUGUCUUCGCCGGCUUCUCGGAGGACUCGUGCCUCUAAUAAAUCAUCCACACCGUCAAGAUCAUCUCGGGAACCGCCUAGCAGCCCAACGAUGAGAGAAUCGACCCCCCGUGCCGCCCGAGCCCUCGCCGCCGAGCGCAACAUCCCAUCCUCCUCCCCAGCAGCCUAUCAGUCCUCUCCUAUGAGGCAACGGAGUGCAGAGACGCCAGAUGUUCGAAUGGGCGACGCAAGCUCGCAGGUUGAUGAUGGAGAUAGGACUCCACGAGCGAACCAAGGAGUUAGAGCAAUUGUGCCCCCAGAUAUUGACAUCAAGACAGAUUCUUCUCCUAUCAGUUAUAUUGCAAGCUCCAGUCCUGCCCGCGGUCUGGGUCGAUCAGAUAUCCGGUCUGACAUUCGCUCCGAUGCCCUGAGUACCAGCAGUGGGCUGUUCGUCUCCCCUAGCGGUGGCCGCCGAGGCCCUCGUCGCAGUGACCUUCACUCUAGUGGUCUGAAUUCGACCCCUGCUCGUCGGAAUCGCAUGUUUGUCGGUCCCAAUGGCAUGCCCGCAGGCGACAAUGCCCCUCGGUCUGAUGCGACCUUCUCUAACAUCAACCCUGGCACCUCCGAGGCCGAGGCCAUGGCAGGUAACUCUACUCGUGUGAUCUGGGGUACCAACGUCUCGAUCCAUGAUUCCAUGUCCGCAUUCAAGAACUUCCUGUACAACUUUGCCACGAAAUACCGCCUUUGGGCCGAUGGUGCGUCGGAUAACGAGGUUCGCGUCAUGGGUGAUGCGGCGGAGAAGCGCGAAUAUAUUACUAUGAUGAACGACAUGCGCCGACUUGGUUUAACAACAUUCAACCUUGAUUGCAAGAAUCUCAAGGCCUAUCCCCUUACACAAAAGUUGUGGCACCAGCUGCUCGCAUACCCGCAAGAAAUCGUGCCUUUGAUGGAUCAGGCUGUCAAGGAUGUCAUGGUUGAUUUGGCUUUGAAGGAGAUGGAUGUGUUGCGGUCCGAGAUUCAGCGUGGUGGCCAGACCCGUGACCGUCGUGGCCAGUCAAUUCUGACCUCGGAUGGUGUUGGCCCCGCCGCUGAUGUGCCCGAUCUGGUCCAAGAAGUCGAGACCGUCAACUACAAGGUCCUGCCAUUCGGCCUGGACCAGAGCAUCAACAUGAGAGAUUUGGACCCGGCUGAUAUGGACAAGCUGGUCAGCAUCAAGGGUUUGGUCAUUCGUACCACUCCCAUUAUUCCCGACAUGAAAGAUGCAUUCUUCCGCUGCAGCGUUUGCAGCUACGGAGUCACUGUCGAGAUUGACCGUGGCAGAAUCGCCGAGCCCACUACCUGUCUUCGCGAUUCUUGCAAGUCUCAGAACUCCAUGCAGCUCAUUCACAACCGCUGCAACUUCUCUGAUAAGCAGGUCAUCAAGCUUCAAGAAACCCCAGACAACGUUCCCGAUGGUCAAACACCUCACUCCGUGUCUCUGUGUGUCUACGAUGAGUUGGUCGAUGUCUGCAAGGCCGGUGAUCGCGUUGAGGUGACUGGUAUUUUCCGUUGCAACCCGAUGCGUGUCAGUGCUCGCCAACGCUCGCAGAAGGCUCUCUUCAAGACCUACAUCGACGUCCUGCAUGUGCAGAAGGUUGACCGCAAGAAGAUGGGUAUUGACGUGUCCACCAUUGAGCAAGAGAUGUCCGAACAAGCCGCCGAGGCCGAUCAGGCCCGCAAGAUCUCAGCCGAGGAGGAGGAAAAGAUUCGUCGCACUGCCUCCCGUCCCGAUAUCUACGAGUUGCUGUCCCGGUCCCUGGCUCCCAGUAUCUACGAGGCGGACGAUGUGAAGAAGGGUAUUCUGCUGCAGAUGUUUGGUGGUACCAACAAGACCUUCCAGAAGGGUGGUAACCCACGCUACCGUGGUGACAUUAACAUCCUGCUUUGCGGUGACCCUUCUACUGCCAAGUCUCAACUUUUGCGCUACGUGCACAAGAUCGCUCCCCGUGGUGUCUACACCAGUGGUAAGGGUUCUUCGGCGGUCGGUCUGACUGCCUAUGUCACCCGUGACCCUGAGACCAAGCAGAUGGUUCUCGAGUCCGGUGCCCUGGUCUUGUCCGAUGGCGGUACUUGCUGCAUUGACGAGUUCGACAAGAUGAACGAAGCCACUCGGUCCGUUCUCCACGAGGUGAUGGAGCAGCAGACUGUGUCCAUCGCCAAGGCUGGUAUCAUUACCACUCUCAACGCCCGCACGUCUAUUCUGGCGUCUGCCAACCCCAUCGGCAGUCGCUACAACCCUAAGCUUCCCGUCCCUCAGAACAUCGAUUUGCCCCCGACUCUACUCUCUCGUUUCGAUCUGGUGUACCUGGUUCUGGAUCGCGUUGACGAGACGGAGGACCGCCGCCUGGCCAAGCACUUGGUCGGCAUGUACUUGGAGGAUACUCCCGAGAACGCUGCAUCCGAGGAGGUUCUGCCCAUCGAGUUCCUCACUGCUUACAUCACCUACGCCAAGACCCGAGUUCACCCCGUCAUCACCCCCGAGGCUGGUGCCGCCCUGUCCGACGCCUACGUUGCCAUGCGCCAGCUCGGUGAUGACAUUCGUGCCUCCGAGCGCCGCAUCACCGCCACAACCCGUCAGCUGGAAUCUAUGAUUCGUCUCUCAGAAGCACACGCGCGCAUGCGCCUCUCCCCAGAAGUCACCGCUGCCGACGUCGAAGAAGCCGUGCGCCUGAUCCGCUCUGCCAUCAAGCAAGCCGCGACGGACGCGCGCACUGGCCUGAUCGAUAUGGGCCUGCUGACCGAAGGUACUAGUGCCAGUGAGCGCCGACUGCGUGAGGAUCUGAAGCGGGCUGUGCUGGCACGGCUCGAGGAGCGUGGCGGCGUGGCUGGUACUGCCGUGCGUUGGGGUGAUCUGUUCCGCGAUAUGAGCGAGUCCAGUGACGUUGCGCUGGAUCACCACCAGUUCGGCGAUGCGGUGCGCUCGCUCGAGGCUGAGGGUGCCGUGCAUGUCUCGGGCGAGGGAGCCCGACGGAGUAUCCGUCGUGCGGCGACGGGCUUGUCCUAG